AAUAUACAGAUUUUUCUGCUUGGUUUUUACAUUUUAUUUCAUAAAUACCGUUUUCUAAGUGAAACACAUGAAGGGCCUCGUUUAUGAAACACGAGUGGAAUCAGUUCAUAAGCUCCACUUUCUGUAUGAAUGAACUGAUUUCUUGUGUUUGGUGAAUGAGGCCCGGUGUGUGUGAGAGACUGUUUUCUGAAUGUGAGCGUUGUGUUUCCCAGCAUGCACUGCGGAGGUGGACAAGGUGUGCUCGGUCUCCACUGAGGAGCAUCUGCAGCCGUUCAAAGAAAAGAUGGAGGCGUUCGUGAGUGAAGCAAAAACAGAGCUGGAAAGUCAAGAGAAGCAACUCAAUGACACCCACAAAAUGUUCCUGGAGCUCUGCGUGUUCUUCUCGGUGAAGGCCAAGAGCGGAGAGAAAGAGGUUUCACCGAACACCUUCUUCACCGUCUGGCACGAGUUCUCCACAGACUUUAAAGACACUUGGAAGAAGGAGAACAAGCUCAUUCUGCAGGAGAGGUAUGUCAACACACACUUUCCUGGAGCGGAGUCAGGAAUGCUCCUCUUCAGAGAUACCCGUGAGACUGUAAUAUCAGAAAUAAAGCUUGUUCAUGUUUAUUCACUAAUAACACUGCUCUAUUUCACCAGUCGUUGCAUCACCAAGCGACGCUGCUGUUUUCAACGAGUUGAUGUGAUUCAGUAAGAAUCAGCAGAUCACAGAAGAAAGCGUUUCAUAUGAUUUGCUAUUUUUUAUUUUUUUUUAUUUACAUUUUCAUGAUCCAGCUCUCUAUGGAUCACCAUUAGGUGUCAAAAAUACCUUGACUAAUGAUCUACGAAGUUAUGUUACAGUAAAAAUAUUUCAAAAUCUUUUUUUUUCGAACUUUCGAACAUGACAGUUUCACUUAUUACUGAGCAGCUGAAGCAUGGAAAACCACUCGUUUUCUUCUUAAAGUAGAAGUUUGUGCGAGUAAAACCGCUCUGGAGUGAUUUAAUGCAGCUUCACCUCAGAUACCUGAGCAGACACAGGUGCAUCAUGGGACGCGGUCUGCUUCAGAGACUGAUGAGCAACGCUUUGUUCUGACACUGAGAAGUGGACUGAACGGCAUUCCUCGAAUUAGACGCUCUCGCACGCCAGUCAAUCUCCCAGAGUAAUCUCCC